AUGUCGAAGAAUUACAUAAAAGCGCUUUUGAAGCCUUUUCGUGAGAGUAAAGUGGUAGAGAGCUUGCUGAAAUUGUUCGAUUCGGGGUUGGAUAAGUCCCCCAGUGCGGUUAGGGGCCUUGAUAAUAAGGUCCCGACGAGUAGGGCGGGUGUCGCCAAGUACAGCACUGGAGUGCGGAAGGUGACGCUUAUUCCUGGCCAUGGCAUCGGUCCGGAGAUCACAGUGGCUGUGCAAAAAAUAUUUGAAGCCGCCAAAGUACCCAUUGAAUGGGACGAGGUAGACGUCACAGCUGUUAGGGGUCCAGAUGGCAAAUUUGGUAUUCCACAAAGGGCGAUAGACUCUGUAAAUGAGAACAAAAUUGGACUAAAAGGGCCAUUAAUGACCCCAGUCGGAAAGGGUUAUAGAUCUCUGAACUUGGCUCUACGUAAAGAGUUUGAUUUAUAUGCUAAUGUGAGGCCAUGCAAGAGCUUGGAUGGUAUCAAGACUUUAUAUGACAAUGUAGAUGUAGUAACAAUCCGUGAGAACACAGAGGGAGAGUAUUCUGGCAUUGAGCACGAAAUCGUUGAUGGUGUAGUCCAAUCUAUUAAGCUGAUCACUGAGGAGGCUAGUAAGAGGGUUGCUGAGUUCGCCUUCCAGUUUGCAAGGGACAACAAGAGGAAGAAGGUCACCGCUGUCCACAAGGCCAACAUUAUGCGUAUGUCAGACGGUCUCUUCUUAAGGUGUUGUCGUGACCUUGCCACCAAGUACCCAGACAUCAAAUUCGAGGAACGUUACCUCGAUACCGUCUGUCUUAACAUGGUGCAGGACCCCUCCAAGUUUGAUGUUCUGGUGAUGCCUAACUUAUACGGUGACAUCAUGUCGGACAUGUGUUCAGGGCUUGUUGGAGGUCUGGGUUUGACACCCUCGGGCAACAUUGGCAAGAACGGCGCUCUAUUUGAGUCUGUUCACGGUACAGCUCCCGAUAUCGCUGGAAAGGACAUGGCCAAUCCAACAGCUCUGCUUCUAUCUGCGAUCAUGAUGUUGCGGCACUUACAACUUAACGAACACGCUGAUAGAGUUCAAAACGCUUGUUACACAGUACUGGCUGAAGGCAAAUCAUUAACUGGAGAUCUGGGAGGCACUGGCAAAUGCAGUGAAUACACACAUGCCAUUAUUUCCAAAUUGUAA